CUAUCAACUACCCUUCCCUCCGCAUCGAGGCUGGGCUAGCUGGCGCCGACUUACGGUCAAGCUUUGGCGUCUCCGCGUUUUAUUCUAGUCCUGGCUUGAGGUUUUGCAGCGUCUCACUCUCCAGUGUCGGCCAUUAAACUCCGCAUUUCCCCCAGCGGCAGCGCCUGAGGUCAAGAGUGCCCCAGCACUGUUUCGGAACUGCAACCAUCACGCCCAGCGCGCCCGCAGGGUCAGGCUCACCAAUCGACGACACCGACCCACCCUCCCCCGAGUCUACCAUUGUUAUUAGUAGUUAGAGCGCCGGGUACCCGCUCCUCAUAACAGCCUCACUGCACCCGUCUCCGCCGACAUUCUGACCGGGCCUGGCUGCACCUUCCCUCCCAACACCAGCGUUCCUUCCUGACAACACCACUCCCGCCCACUCCGCAUUCCUCCCCGUCUCUCGACGCAUCCUCCCCCACACAUCACCCACCAUGCCGGGAGCACUACGAAGCCGCCUCCGUCGCGUCCUCACCGGGCAGGAGGGCGAGGGCGGCAUUGCGGGCAAGAUGAAGCGCAACAAGAACACGGAGCCUGCAGAGCCCGAGAGCGACUUCUACAAGCCCGGCGAGAAGAUGCCGCCCAUGAAGUACCGCCGUCCCGUCGACCCCGAGCACAAGAAGAACCUCGAGGCCUUCACCUGGAAGAAGGCAUGGCGCCGACGCAGCCACCAGAGCCUGUACUCGCCAAUGGGCAGCCGUCUGCCGAGUCGAAAGGGCAGCUUUAGGAGUCGCCGCAGCCGCAGCCGCAGCGUGCACCGCAGCCGGAGAUCCAGCUUCCACAGCGAGUACGACGAAGACGACACAUGGGUAGACAGCGGCAUUGGAGCGAGCAUCUCUGACAGCGAGCGUCCUGCGAACAUUCGCGAGGCCAGUGACGACGAGGGCGACGUCCUUAAUGUCGGCCUCUCCCGCAACCCGACACAAGACCCUCGCGACACACAACGGAAAGAGUCGGCAAGCGGCCGCCGUCGGUCGAGCUCAAUUCAAUCAGUACGACGAAGCAGCACACGUCCAGGGACUGGCUCUGACCGCACCCGUCAAAAUUCGCAACCUUUCUCCCCCGAGGACCUCGAACUAGCGCUGCAAAAAUCGCACAUCGAAGCCAAGAAACUCGAAGCUAUCGAGCAGUCUGACCCGAGUGGAAAUGGAACGCCAGAGGACGACGAUGCCAGCCCCUUCAACAACCUGCGCCCUCGCGGUGGGUCCAUCUUCAUCCCGCAAGACGCCGAGAGCCCUGGGAUGUUCCCUGGAUGGAACUUCGUUUCUUCACCCACACAAGGUGGACCAUCAUACUUCCCACCAAAGGACGGCAGCCCUCUCCAGUUCGAGCGACGCGAGUCCGUUUUCGUGUCGAACGAAGAGCCAUCGAUGUUCCAGAGACGAGAGUCGGUCUUUGUUUCAAACGAGAACACGCCCCAAACCGGACGACGCGGCUCGACCUACGCACCACACGAGGAAGAUGACGCUGUCCCAGCGCUCACACCUGCACCGCCCGUCGAGCCAUCAAAGCGCAAGCCCAUUCCGUCCUGCCCCAGUGAGGAAAUCAUGAAGAUUCUCGCCCGCAAGGACUGAACGAAGACAACACACACAACAUUCACUUCACUUGUUAAUAUUACUGCAUCCAUUUUGUGCACCUAGGGUUCGCACAUUGCAUUUCCGGGCGUUGUACGAUUGUCCAUUUUGGAGUCCUCAAGCUUUGUGCCGUAUUCUGUUUUGCGCAUUGGGUUAGCUGUCAUGAUAGACCCUGCAUAGGCUAGUAUUGGAUUAUCAGGAGAUGGGAGUGCUCAUCGAAUGAAGCAUGAAAGCAUAGAUUCACUGGGGAGAUGUGGCACAGUAGCUAUCAUAGUUAGCAGACGCAGCCUCAGAGCGC